CCUCCUCCCUCCGCGCCCUCCAACCCUCUUCCCUCCCCACAACCUCCCACUGAACCAACCACAUACCAACGACCCGCCAUAACAUCGCCCCGCUCCCUCCACCAACUCUCCAUCUACCUCCUCGGCAGCACCUGCCUCCUCCUCUCCACAACUCUAACCCGGCGCGCCAUCCACCGACGCCACCUCCGCCUCACCCCCUCCUACUUCGCUCCGAACACCAACCCGCACGAGUACUUCAGCCCCUUCGCCGACGCGUGCCAGGCGUUUAACCUCGCCACCAUGAACUGUGCUAGCGUGGGGAUAAUGGCGCUGGGUGGCGUGAUGUGGGUGGCUGAUAUUUCGAAUUUGACAGAGGCGAGGAAGGUGUUGAGAGGACGGUUGGGGUAUGAGCGGAUUUAUGAGAGCGAGGAGGAUAUGCCGAAUUCGAUUUCGCAGAUGAUUGUGCAGGCAGGGGAGGUGAGGGUUAGGGAGGAGGAGGAGGAG